UUUCACACACUAACACCCCAAUUCAUUUUUUUUCUCUUACUUUCUUCCACCCAAUCCAUCCAAGUAUUCUCAGCAUGCCUCCAAAGGGGAAAGCAACCCGGGCCGCCAAGGGAAAGGGCAAAGCCACUGGCUCGUCCUCAAGAAGCAGCCGUGCGGCGCCGCCGGUUUCAGAGUUCUCACCGGCUCACUUCGGUGUGGAACUCCCUGAUGAUGUCUCACUGAAGAACUGGGAGAAGCUCAUCCACAUCCCGGUCAAGCCCACAAAGUACAUCUGUCCAACCACUGUGGAGAAGUUGGGCAUCCAGGAUGAUGUUUGGGCUAUGGUCGAUCGCGCGGGACUUCGACAGGUUUUCACAGGGAACUGGCACACUUAUCGGAUUCUCACGAUUGAGUUCCUUUCCACUUUGAAGAUCAAAUAUGAUCGGACCAUUCCCACGGAGUGCCAAUUCCGCUUGCUCAACAAGGAUUACGGGAUGACUUGCAACAAUUUCAAUGACAUUCUUGAAAGUCCGCGGAGCGGGAUAUAUGGUGUUGCCGGUUUUCAACCGCAGCAGUUAUGGGCUGCCAUGGCUGAUUUGACUCUUGAGGACACCAAGCAUUUCGUCACUGGCCGUGCAAAGGCCAAAGCAUUGAGAAACCCGGUCUUCAGAUACAUACAGCGGGUGAUGGCCUACAAUUACUUUGCUCGGGAGAAUGUGGGCAACCUACGUUCUGACGAAUUGCUUCAUUUGAACUGUAUGCUCACCGGUGACAAGAUUGAUUUAGCCCCUCAGUUGCUAGAUCAAUUUCACAGUCAGCUCACCUCCCCGACCGCCUCCAUUGGCAUUGGAGGAUUUGUCACCGCCCUUGCUCUCGACUUGGAACUUGAGAUCACGGAGACCGCGGUUUCUGAAGACAUAUUGGUGGAUUUGAAAGUGCUCAAAGCAGCGGGACACGUCGCGGAUGGCCGGAACUUGUAUUGGGUCUUGAAGCCAAAGCUAUACUUUCCAUUGCCAAACCCACACUUGACCACCGUGUUGGAUGUGGCAGAUCAUUCAAACUGGCUGCUGAACACCCCGGAGCACCUCAACCUCAUACGCCAGCGCCCACCGGCAACACAGGCAAGACGGUCAGUGGCAAGAGAUGAAGCUGCAGAGGAGGAAGCAGCUUAUGAAGCAGGGGGCGACGUGCCCCAAGAGUCUGAGGCGGGGACUUCAUCCUACUUUCCCCACCAUCAUGCACCUCCGCCGCCGCCCGUUGGAUAUGAUUUUAAUGCCAUGGAGCAGCGGCUCUAUGGCCACAUGGAUGCCGGGUUUGCCACGAUGCAGCAGCAUAUGUAUGGCCACAUGGAUGCAGGUUUCCAAAACCUGCAAACCAACAUGUACGGCCACGUGGACAAUCAAUUCGCUGCGUUUCAGAGGCAGCAACAGGGCUACUUUGAUGCCCAAUUUGAAGCUGAGCGCGCUGCCCGACUACGGCAACAUGAGGAGUAUAUGCGCCAACAUGCGGCGUAUAUGAGGUCGAUGAACGAUUGGCAGCGAGCCUUCCCAGGACCGCCGCAGGAUCCUCAGGACCCGCCAGCCCCUUGAGCCCCGGUGAGUUCGACUCCGUGCCCUACACUUCCUUUUCAAACUUAUUCUUCCUUGUGGAGAAUAAGUUUGGGGGGAUGUGGCUGUGUGGGCACUCUAUCUUUACUGUUUUGUUUUUUUUUUUAGUUUGUCUUAGUAGUUUUGAGUCUUGUUUUUGUCUGUUGCUCUGUGUUGAUGCCUUGGUGAAGAGAUGAGAUGUGUAUGAAUUGGUUGGAUAACUGGCCUAUGAUGAUUUCUGUUUUAAAAUGGUAAAACUGCAUGUGUUUGUGUCGACAUUGUUGAGAUUGGGCAUGAUUGAUAAAUGAUAAGCAUGGUCUUUAAUGUGUUCGCAAUCAAUGAAAUAAGCUGUGAGUUUUGAGCCUUGACUGUCACUAUUUUCCACAGUCUUAUUUCUGUUUCUUGAGUGAUUGUUCAAGCAUGCUUGUUUCUCGCUAGAACUUGUCUUGGUUUCUCCCUCGAGGUCACAUAGUGUGCUUAAUAACUGUGAGAUGAUAGAAGGCCAUCUUUGCUAGCCCAUAUAUCCCAUACUUGUCCUUUUACUCUAUAUGAUCCUAGU